AUGGCCAACGGAGUCCUUCUGACGUUCUUCGGUGCCGACCUGGCCUUUUUGCUUGGUGGUGUCCUGCUUUUGGUGGGAGGUCUGGUUAUGGAGAUGGUGCUCAAAGGCACACUGACUGUCGACAAUGUAGACAAAGUCUUGCUGUUGCAGAUGUUUCCGAUCAAAGGUGCCAUCGUCAAUGCGAUCUUCGUCUUCAUCACUUUCGUGAUGUCUCUGCUGGGAAUCAUGUUGCCCGGAAACCGAUUUUGGCUCAAGUGCCACGGUUACUUUGUCUGGUUUUGUGCCAUCUUCACCAUGAUUCUCGGCCUGGAUUUGUGGUUUCAGACACUCCAGACUCGAGCAAACCUGGAUACUCUUUGGGGCAAGCAGACUGCGCAGACGCAGAGUCUGCUGCAACAGAAGUUCGACUGCUGCGGUUAUACCAACAGCACCUCUCCACCUUUCAUUCAGGACAGCGUGUGCACUACGCCUCUUGUCGCCGCUCAAUUGGGAGGCUGCGCUACUGCGUUCACUGCGUUCGCUAACCCUUUCCUCGACAUCAUCUUCACUGCCGAUUUCGGCAUUGUCGCCAUCGAUAUGAUCCUCCUUCUCUGUGUCGCCGUCGUGGUCAAGGACCGCAAGGAGAAGGAGCGCUACCGCCUCAUCGAUGCGAAGAACGGCUUCGAGGGUAUUUAA